UUUUAUAUUGUAAGAAAACAUAACAAGUGGGGGUAGGGCCCGUACGUAGGGGUAGUGAGGGAGAAAAUGUUUUUUUAUUAGUGGUCCAACUUUGUAUUUAGCAACGUGUCAAUUAUUCUGGAACGAAUGAAGAUGAAAACUGUGUUAAGUAAUAAAAUAUAUUUUUACACUAUUUGAGAAUGGUUUUUUUAGCACGAUUCGAAAUUUAACUCCGAACCCAACCUGUUGACUCAAAAUCUCAAUUUGACAAAUCUAUUUGAACUCGAUUCCAUUACGGAGUAGCAAAAUAAGCCAUUAUCUAAUGAGAAAGAAAAAGGAUAGGGUUACGUACCUUCAAAGUUCAAACUGCUUCAAGUAAAAAUGUGCUCCUAGUAGUUAUUUUCCCCGCUCCGAAGAAAGAAAGUAAAAAAUUGCGAAAAUGAAUUCAACAACAAUGGUGGCUGAAGCACUAUGGAAGAAUAUCGAGUCCAACCAUUCAGUGACCGAUGAUCAACUGGGAGUGUUGCAUUUUUUGUUCGGGAAGAAUUUUGAGCGAGCUACAAGGAUUGUGGAUCAACAAGGUGUUAAAAGAAUUUCUGGUGAACCCAGUGGUCGCUCUAUAUUUCAGGUUGUUGGAGAAUCUCGGAAGAAGGAAGAAUAUUUAUGUUUCGCCGAGCAUUAUUGUGGAUGCUACUCAUUUUUCUAUGAUAUAGUGAAUCGAGGGGAACAGCUUUGUUGUAAGCACCAGUUGGCUGCGAGACUAGCUGCAUCUUUAGGAGCGUGUAUAGAAGGCAAGGUAUCUGAUGAAGAGCUUGCAAUGCUGCUAUCAAAGCUGUGACAGUAGUUGUAUACUUGGAGAUGGAAGCAGGUGAUUUCUUUUCUGUUACAUCUAGGCUAUCAGCAAUUGGAAAAGUUUGUAAUCAACUUAGAAAAGCAUGACGUGCAGUUAGCAAUGAUAAAUUACAUUGUACUAACUCAUUUUAGCUGUUACUGACUUGUGUAAUAUAAUACCAAAACGUGAAAUUUAUGUGUGCUUCCAUAGGUUUUA